UAAAUUGUGUAAAUAUGUGAACACUUGGAGGGCAUAAAAGUCAAAACCAACGGUUGGCUGCUGAAUGAGGGAUACAUAUAGGAUACAAACACCAAAAUUCAGCUGUUUCUUUCCUCCAUUUUUAGUAUAGUUAACACUAAACAGGCCGAGAAAAUGACAGAAAUCCUACCUUGUUCUUGCUACAAAUUGGUGUUCACAUCUGUAAGAGCUAAAACUAGGACAAGAAAUGGUAUUGGAGCCAUUAAAUUGAGGCCGAUUUCAUGUGUAGCAACUGAUGGUGUUGUAGUUAAGAAUGGGAAGGAUUCUUUGGAAAUGUGUCGUGUCGUGUCGUUAAUGGAAUGUGGCAAACUAGUGGCGGGUGGGGGAAAAUCGAUAGGGGCAAUGCGGUUGAUGCUAUGCUUCGAUAUGCUGAUGCGGGGCUAGCCACUUUUGAUAUGGCUGAUAUCUAUGGACCUGCUGAAGAUCUUUAUGGAAUCUUUAUAAAUCGAGUCCGUCGUGAGCGCCCACCUGAGGUUUUAGAAAAGGUCAGAGGUCUCACGAAAUGGGUUCCGUCACCAGUUAAGAUGACAAGGAGUUUUGUGGAGGGGAACAUUGAUGUUUCUAGGAAAAGAAUGGAUGUUGCUUGCUUGGACAUGCUUCAAUUCCACUGGUGGGAUUAUUCCAAUUCUGGAUAUCUUGAUGCGUUGAAACAUCUUACAGAUCUGAAAGAUGAAGGAAAAAUUAAGACUGUGGCUCUUACAAAUUUUGAUACGGAAAGGUUGCGAAUAAUUCUUGAAAAUGAGAUUCCUGUUGUAAGCAACCAAGUGCAACAUUCAAUUGUUGAUAUGCGUCCUCAGCAGAAAAUGGCAGAGCUUUGUCAGCAAACUGGAGUUAAACUCAUAACGUAUGGGACAGUUAUGGGUGGUCUAUUAUCUGAGAAGUUCCUUGAUACCAAUUUGGCUAUUCCAUUUGCUGGUCCUUCACUAAAUACUCCCUCCUUGCAGAAGUACAAAAGGAUGGUUGAUGCAUGGGGAGGAUGGAGUCUUUUCCAAACCUUGCUUCAAGUGCUGAACAAAAUAGCCAGGAAGCAUGGUGUGCCCAUUUCGACUGUUGCUGUUAAAUACAUACUAGAUCAGCCAGCUGUAGCAGGUUCCAUGAUAGGUGUCAGACUUGGACUGUCAGAGCAUAUUAAAGAUGCAAAUGCUGUAUUUUCUCUUGCACUUGAUGAGGAGGAUGUCGACAGCAUUCGAGAUGUUUCCAGCAGGGGGAAGGAUCUGCUGAGAGUGAUUGGUGAUUGUGGAGACGAGUAUAGGCGUGCUUAAUAUUAAGAUAGGGUUGGUUAUCAUGUUUGAUUGUUCUCCCUGCAUCAAAGAGCAAAUAGUAUCAUAUGAACAUUGUGUAAAAAACCAAAAUUUUGUAUAUGGUAAAAAAUCUUGUAUAGUGUAACCAAACUGGGAGUUUUGUAAUUCGUUUGUUUACAAAUCGCUUUAC